AUGACCAUUUUCAACAAACUGUCAAUUUUGAACAUCCAUGGCAUUUUAUUUUACAUAAUCUUAAUAACAACUGUGGUUGACUGUGUUGAUAACCAUGAAAAUCCACUGAAUCGGCAAAACACCAAAAAUUCCGGAAAAUGCGGGGUUUUUGAUGCUUUUAAAGUGGUACCUGCUAAUUCUACGGUGAGUUUUUUUUACCAUGUAGUUGCUUUUUUAUUUUAAUAUUUUACUAGUCCUAGCCUUUGUUUUAGCCUUAUCCUAUACUCAGAUUCGGGCCUAGUUCUAGCUUUAGCCCUAGCCUUAGCCCUAGUCUUAGCCCCAGCCUUAGUUUUAGCACUAACACUAGUUCUAGCCCUAGCCGUAGCCUUUGCCUUAAACCUAGCCUCAGCCCUAACUUUAGCCCUAACGGUAGCCCUAGCCUUAGUUUUAGUCCUAGCUUUAACCGUAGCCCCAGCCUUAGCUCUAACACUAGCCCCAGUUCUAGCUUUAGCUCCAACACUGUCCCUAGCCUUAGCUCUAGCCUUAUCUCUAGCCUUAGCUUUAGUCUUAGCUUUAGCCGUAGCCCCAGCCUUAGCCCUAGCUUUAGCCAUAUCUCUAGCCUUAUCUCUAUCCUUACUCUACCCUUGCCCAUGCCUUUUUUCUUACCCCUACCUCUACCCAUGCCUUUAGUUCUACUUCUACCCUUCUUUUUACCGCUUGCCUUACCCUCGCUAUACAAUCACCCUACCUCACCCUAUCCUUAGCCUAGCCCUUGGCCUUACUUGUCUUUACACCUUCUUGCUCUACUCACUGCGAGCCCCAUCGAUAAAAGAAAUUUUUACCUAAUAUUGAUGUGGUAACUAUUAUAUUAAAAUACCCUUAGAGAAAUUGCAAGAAAUGGUGUUACGCAACGUUUUCUUAUGUAAUAUUAUGGUUUUAUAUAAUAUUUGCCUCGAUGUAAAACGACCCAACAAAUGACUGCGAGUGCGGGGAUUUGGCUCUAUUUUUCCUUGAGUGUUUAUUACCUAACAGAUCUAAAAUAUUUCAUUUUAUUUUUCUGUAUUUUAUAAGGCUAAAGCUAGGGCUAAAUUCAAGACUAAUUUUAAGCUUGAGUGUCAAAAUAAAACUAGGGUGGCUUUAAGUCUAAGCCUAGAUUUUAAUCAAAAACUGUUUUUUCGUAAUUAACCUAAGCGUUAGCUUCAGCCUAAGCUAGAGCUUGAGCUUAUGUGUAAUUUCAAAUUUACGCCUAACCUUAAGCUUAAGCCUAAGUUUAAGCUUACUCUUAAGUUUGAGCUUAAGCUUAAGUUUAAGGUUAAGCCUAGUCUUAAGUUUGAGCUUAAGCUUAAGUUUAAGUCUUAAUUUGAGCUUAAGCUUAGGUUUAAGGUUAAGCCUAGUCUUAAGUUUGAGCUUAAGCCUAACUUUAAGUUCAAGCUUACGCCGAACCUUGAACUGAAGUCUAAGCUUAAGCAUAAUUUUAAGCUUAAGCCUAAGCUGGGGCUAAAACUUAGAUGCAAACUUAAAGUUAAGCUCUAAGCCUAAUGUUAAGCAUAAGCCAUGAAAAUUUUUUUGAUGGUUUAAAAAAUAUGUCAAAUUUUAUGAAAUUUAAAUUAAAGUUGAAAUGAACUUUUCAGAAUUUCGUGGGCGGAUCAUUCUCUCUACAUGAAGAUGACUGUACCACACUAAUACCCAGCUCAGUACAAGAUAUUGUAGCCUUCCAAUGGGUGUUUGCUCACUGGAAUCGAAUGCAACAGAAGGCGGGUGCUAAAAUAGGUAAUAUUUUCAUAUUUUUUCAAAUUUUUGAAAAAAAAAAUUUUUUGAAAUUUUUUAAAAUUUUGAAUUUUUAAAAUGCCAUUUCAGGCCUAUACGUUGGAGACAGUUGUAACCGCCAGAAGGAAUCCCUACUUCAAACCCUUCGAUUCUUGGAUUCGGUCGAUUAUUACGAUCCGGUCGAAUGUGUGAAAUCGAAAAAAAUCUGGUAAAAUGUUGGGAGUGGUACUGCCAAAAGAAGGCGAGCUUGCGUUAUCGACCAGUCGAGUCUUGGAAACAUCGAAAUUGUUGGCCGGAGCUUUUUCUGUGGAAGCGGCUGAAGCUGUCAAGGAUAGUAAUGUUGCUACGAUUGUUACAUCGCCUAUGCUCGAGGAUUAUGUUAUGGUAAGUGGGGGGGGGGAGAGUGUGUAGGGUAUGGUAGGUUGGGCGUGGUGAAAUCGGACUAUUUUAGUGUAGCGGGACAAGACAGGAUGUAAUGUGUAGGAUAGGGCAGGACAAUACGUUGCUGGGCAGGUAAUAGCGUAGUUGGGCAUGGUAUUAUGAGAUAAUGUACAGUAGGGUAAGAUAGUGUGGGGCAUGACAAGGCGAGUCAGAACAAAGCAAGUUAGUGUAGGUUAGGGCUGGGUAGGUUAAAGUAGGAUAGGAUACGGUAAGACCUUGAGUACGGUAGGGUAGGACAGAGAGAGGACGAAGACAACUAAGCCUAGGAUACGGCAAGGCCUGUUAUACUGUAGGGUUUUGCGUUCGGUAAGUUUGCAUUACGGUAGGUUUCAUGUUAUUAGAGUAAGGUAAUUUCUUUGGCUUGGGGUACGGUAACUUGUUAGAUACGGUAGGGAUUGAAAUAAAGUAUAGUAGGGUAGGGUAGGAUGGGGUAGGUUUGAGUGGAGUAGUGUAAGGUAUGGUGGAGUAGGGUAACUAUUGUCACUAAAAUCUAAUGAAUUUUACUAUUUUCAGGCCCUAACUGAACUAAUGGACCAGCUAGAAUCCGACCUUUUAGUCUUCGUCACCUGCCAAGAACAAGACUCUAGAAUCAAGGAAAUCAGUCGUAUUUUAGCCAAGAAUCAGAUUCAUAUCAGUGAGAUCAUCAACAUUGAUCACUUGUUCUUCAAUGAAGUUAUGAACGCUACUGAUGCCAAGGUCCUACUGUACCUACCGUGUCAAAAGGAAGCCGACGAACCGAAAUUACAGUAUCUGAGCGCUAAGCCAAAGACUGUAAUCACGUUGGGAUUGGACGAUCAUAGUCGAACGUUCCCCUUUGUUGUGAAGGAUUCUAAGGUAAGGCGUGGGGAUUAAAAUUGUUCAAGAUAUACGAUGAGUAUGGGCCAUUUUGCAGUAAGAUUGGCUGGGAGGGGGGUUUUUUAAGUGUAAAAGUAGGAUUAGGGGGUAGGGAUAAUAGUUAGGGUACGGUAGAUUAAAAGAAGGGGUGGGGGUGAAAUAGAGAAUAGUAUAGUAGGGCUAGUCCACUAAGUCUAAACCUACUAGGCUUAAGCCUAGUAAACCUAAGCAUACUAAGCCUACACAUACUAAGCCUAAGCCUACUAAGCUUAAGCCUACUAAGCCUAAGCUUACUAAGCCUACGCCUACUAAGUCUAAGCCUACUAAGCCUAUGCCUACUAAGCCUAAGUAUAUUUCAGGAAAUUCUGAUACGUCAAUCAAGGACCGAAAUCUCUCAUUUUCGACCAUACUUCUUGAAAUUACUGGUCAAUAACUAUGAGUCAUAUGCCUUGGCCUCGUCCUACGUCCAAAGCAUGCUCAAUUGUUCGUUGGCCAAGAAGACGUGUCCAGAAAUUACGACCGAUUUAUUGAACGGCAGAUUUGACCAGGGACCUCAAGUAGAUGCGGUGGUUAGACUGGCCUACGCCUUCUCUGUGGCUGGACGGUUCAUUGAAGGGGAUCAGAAGUUGAAGAAGAAGUGGUGGGUUAAUAUAUUAAUCAUGACUUUUUUCCGGAGUAGGAGGUUUGUAGGGUUGAUAUGUUGAAAGAGGCACGGUUAUGUGUGGGGUAAGGUACGGCAGCGUAGAAUAUGCUAGGGUAUGGUAGGUUAGGGUAAGGUAGGAUAGCUGAGGGAUAAGGUAGGGUAAGGUAGUGGGGCUACGGUAGGAGUAUGUAUGAGAUGUGGUUACUGUAUCAAAAGAAAUACAAGUUACUGUAGCUCACAUAACAGGAUGGGGAUUGUGACAGAGUUUAGAUUAGAUACGGUUGUAAAGGCAGCAGUAGUGGUAGGAGUAGUGGUAAGGUUAUAGCCUGAUUGUGGUAAAGGUAGAAGUAAAAGUUACUGUGCGUCUAGGGGUGCAACAUGGUUAAUACAAAACAUUGUAUAGUUACGAUAGAGGCAAUAGGAAAGGUUACUGUAGAACUAGGUAUACGAUAUGUUCAUUGUAGGAUAGGUAUAAGGCCUACGGUAGGUGCUUAGAGUACUGUACGGCUGGUAGGGAAAUGAAGAUGAGUUAGGGUAAGGUAAGGUACGGUACAGUAAUGUACUAUAGAGUAGGUAGUGUAGUGUAGCGUAGGGGUAGGGUAGGGUAGCGUAGGGUAGGGUAAGGUGGGGCAGGGUAGGGUAACGUAGGGUACGGUAGGGUAAAGUACGGUAGGGUAAAGUAAAGUAGCGUAGGGUAAAGUAGCGUAGGGUAGAGUAGGGUAGGGUAGGGUAGGGUAGGGUAGGGUAGGGUAGGGUAGGGUAGGGUAGGGUAGGGUAGGGUAGGGUAGGGUAGAGUAGGGUAGGGUAGGGUAGGGUAGGGUAGGGUAGGGUAGGGUAGGGUAGGGUAGGGUAGGGUAGGGUAGGGUAGGGUAGGGUAGGGUAGGGUAGGGUAGGGUAAGGUAGGUAGGGUUGGGCAGAGUAGAGAUAGGUUGGGGUAGGAUUAUUUUCUUUACAGUAUGCUACCUUUUAGUGCUGAAAACUUUGAUUCCUGUGCUUACGGCCUUCUGGAGCGAUUGACAGCAGUUCGAUUUGUAAAGGAAGAUAAAGGACCUUUGGAGUUGGCAGGUGAAGAACUGGGUUUCUUUGUUAAGAAUGACCAUAUUGUACAGAGUAUAGGACUAAAAUUGUUGGUACAGGUCGUUGGAGGUAGUGAUGUAAGUUAGUUUGGCUUUAAUACAGUAGGCUUAGGCUUCGUAGGCUUAGGCUUAGUAGGCUUAGGCUUAGUAGGCUUAGGCUUAGUAGGCUGAGGCUUAGUAGGCUUAGGCUUAGUAGGCUUAGGCUUAGUAGGCUUAGGCUUAGUAGGCUUAGGCUUAGUAGGCUUAGGGUUAGUAGGCUUAGUAGGCUUAGGCUUAGUAGGCUUAGGCUUAGGCUUAGUAGGCUUAGUAGGCUUAGGCUUAGUAGGCUUAGGCUUAGUAGGCUUAGGCUUAGUAGGCUUAGGCUUAGUAGGCUUAGGCUUAGUAGGCUUAGGCUUAGUAGGCUUAGGCUUAGUAGGCUUAGGCUUAGUAGUCUUAAGCUUAGUAGGCUUAGGCUUAGUAGGCUUAGGCUUAGUGGGCUUAGGCUUAGUAGGCUUAGGCUUAGUAGGCUUAGGCUUAGUAGGCUUAGGCUUAGGCUUAGGCUUAGGCUUAGUAGGCUUAGUAGGCUUAGGCUUAGUAGGCUUAGGCUUAGGCUUAGUAGGCUUAGGCUUAGUAGGCUUAGGCUUAGUAGGCUUAGGCUUAAACUUAGUAGGCUUAGGCUUAGUAGGUUUAGGUUUAGUAGGCUUAGGCUUAUUAUUUUUAAAAUUUCAGAUAUUCACCUACCAAAUCGGAGCUCCAUCAAAGGUGUCACAACACAACCCUGCUUCUUCUAUCAGAGCUGUCCGCUCUGUUUGCUUACCUCAAUAUCCAUAUUGUGGUCAAUGUAAUCGACCGGUCGAAUUGGAUCCCCGAACCAACUUUAUCAACUCACAAAAAGUGCUGCCAUUCUAUUUGGUUGGUCUUUUUAAUUUGCAUAAUGAGGGCUGUGACGAGAUUCGACAGGAUAGUGUGGUAUUGGCUUUGGCAUAUACACAUGCAUUGAAUACGAUUGAGAGGAAGUAUCCAGCUUUACUACUGAAGCCAAUGAAAGACUUUGGAGCUGUCAUUGUGGAUAGUUGCUCGGAUUCUCAUAGGUACGGAGACCCUACCCUACCCUGCCCUACCCUACCGUAUUCUACCCUACCCUACCCUGCCUGACCCUACUGUACUCUAAUAACUACUGUAUCGUAUUGUAUCUUUCUGUACUUUUCCGUCUUCUACCUUACUCUACUCUAUCCUACAUUGCCGUACCGUAUCCUGCUGUACUUUAUCGUGCUUUAUCUUAUAUUGAUUUACCCUACGGCAUUUUACCGUACUCUACUGUUUUGUACCGUAUACUACUCUACCAUACUUUAUCGUACGUUGCGUUACUCUCUUCUGCUUUAAAUUAUCCUACUGCAUCGUAUUCUACCGUACCCUAACAUACUCUAUUCUAAUUUGUUUUACUUUACCCUACCUUACUUACUAUCGUAAUUAGGUUCUACCGUAUCUUCUUACUCCAUAGGCCUUACCAUACUCUAUUUUCAGAGUCCGUAGCUUCACCGUCGAUUCAGAAACUCAAUGUCUACGUCUACCAGUCAACGAAUACAACGUCACAAUACCAACCGGCACCAUCCUAGCCCAAGUCUCAGCCUUAGGCGAUGAAUCUCAACAAUCUGAGCACGAUUCGCUUCUUCGUGGUCUCAGGAUCCCGGCUGUCACGAUGUCGAGCGAGAAGCAGGACGACGACGGGAUUCUGAAUCUGCUUCCAUCGUCGCGAAACUACGCCAAGUCCCUAGCCCAGUUCCUUCGCUCCCAACGCUGGGAGUAUGUUACAGUAGUUGUGAGUAGUACCAGUACCAAACAGCAGAAGGUGCACCAACAGUUUGUGGCUCUAACCGAGGAGUACGGUAUCUGCGUGGCGGAUACGGUAUACAUUGCGUCACAUAAUAGAAGUACUGUACCUGUGAACCAUCAUACCAAUGUUACAGUAUUCUUUUCAACGGCGACUGAUGCAGCUGAUUAUGUGUCGACUAGACUGAAGUUUACAUACGAAUUGACCGGUAAUGUUGAUGUUAUGGUAGGCGAAGCUCAAGACUUCUACCUGGCCGACCCACUGAAUGCGGUACAGUAUACGGGUACGGUAGCGAUCAGACCGAAAGACGUGAUUCCUCAGGACUUUGUGGACUUUUUAAAGGAGGUAAGGGGUGGAAAGAAAGUUCUUGCUGUUUUAUCUUUUGUAAAGAAAGUUCUUGUCAUUUUUUGUUUUGUAAAGAAAGUUCUUGUAUGUUGGGUGCUUUCUCUAGUAUGGCCCCGAAAGUUCUUGCCAUUUUUUGUUUUGUAAAGAAAGUUCUUGCCAUUUUUUGUUUUGUAAAGAAAGUUCUUGCCAUUUUUUGUUUUGUAAAGAAAGUUCUUGCCAUUUUUUGUUUUGUAAAGAAAGUUCUUGCCAUUUUUUAUUUUGUAAAGAAAGUUCUUGCCGUUUUAGUUUUUGUAAAGAAGUUUUUACCAUUUCCAACCAUAUAUUAUCAUAGGUAACCCCACUUCACCUAGCCGAGCCCUGGUUCUGGGACUUUGUGGAGAAGCGUUGGCGUUGUGCCCUAAACCUCAACAACCGUGACCUCUACGAGGGUCGGAUGUGUACUGGCGACGAGCUCAUGAACAUUGUCGAGUUGGGUCGUAUGAUCGAAGCCGGCUACCUGAUCAAGGGCGUGGAACGGCUGGUCUUGGCACUGAACGAUGCCUUCAGAAGAACGUGUGGCAACGCGGCUACGGAUUAUUGCCCGGAAUUUAUGGACCGGUCCAGGGAGUUGAUGAGGAAGUUGUUGGAUACGGAAAGGCAGAUCAUGGAGUUCGAGGUGGAUGAGUUUAUGCCGCUGGAUCAUCAUGGUAAGGUGAAGAUAAAUAGAGAGUACAGGGUGCAGUCUAUACCUAAUUUAGUACUGAUACAGUCGGAUUAUAUUAGGAGUACUAUAGGGUUUAAAUAGGCAUACUGUAGAGUUAGGAUAAGCAUACUGUAGGGUUGAAAUAGGCAUACUGUAGAGUUAGAAUAAGUAUACUGUAGGGUGUUAGUAGAGAAAUGUCGCUGUUAGUCUAAGGCUAAAAUGGCGUUAUUUACAGUUGUGGUUGGGUUACGGUAGGGCUGAUUAUAGCUAAUUAGAAUCUAUACUACGGUAGAGUUCAGGAUGUGGUAGGGCUUGAAGUACGUUAGGUCUCAAAAGAUUGUAGGGCUUAAUAUACGGUACGGCAUAGGGUGUAGUAAAUCUUAAGAUCUUGGGUACGGUGGGGUAGAAUAGAGUAGGGCAGGGUCGGGUAGGGUAGGGUAAGGUAGGGUAGGGUAGUGUAGGGUAGGGUAGGGUAGGGUAGGGUAGGGUAGGGUAGGGUAGGGUAGGGUAGGGUAGGGUAGGGUAGGGUAGGGUAGGGUAGGGUAGGUAUGGUAGGGUAGGGUAGGGUAGGGGGGGGGGUAGGGUAGGGUAGGGUAGGGUAGGGUAGGGUAGGGGUAGGUAUGGUAGGGUAGGUAUGGUAGGGUAGGGUAGGGUAGGGUAGGGUAGGGUAGGGUAGGGUCGGGUAGGGUCGGGUAGGGUAGGGUAGGGUAGGGUAGGGUAGGGUAGGGUAGGGUAGGGUAGGGUAGGGUAGGGUCGGGUAGGGUCGGGUAGGGUAGGGUAGGGUAGGGUAGGGUAGGAUAGGGUAGGGUAGGGUAGGGUAGGGUAGGAUAGGGUAGGGUAGGGUAGGGUAGGGUAGGGUAGGGUAGGGUAGGUCCUGGGUGUGUCAUCAUAAUGUGUUAAUAUUUUAUAUUUGAAUGUUUUCAGGAAACUUAGGGUACCGUAAGAUUGGCAACUUCACCACCGACCUUACCUAUGUUCCAAUCAAUGACUACAAGCUUUACGUCUCCGGAAUCCUUCGCUCCGACUCAAUUUACACUAGCCUAUGUACAGCACCAUUAUGUUCAUGCAAACGUGGUACCAUGAAGAACAAAGUGGGACCAUUCGAGAAGAUGACCGGCUCCAUCAAGUGGUUCCAUGCCAAUAAUGUCAACUUCUUUGCCAACUGGGACAAUACCCCAUUGAACUAUGGUUUCCUGAUCAGCACAGUAAUAUUAAUGGUGGUUACUGUACUCAUCUUACUGUUGAUUGUAUACAAGGUCUAUAAUCGAGUGAUCAAGGGCAAUCAAUCGCUUGGAAUGUUCAGUUUGACUGGCAUAAUAUUGUUGAACUUGACCGCCUUGAUGUACAUCAUCGACUCGAAAAAUUUGGUACGUUACUAUUCUUUUUUGUGUGGCUUUUUAUAUGUGGUGUAUUGUAGAGUAUCUAAAUUCAAAUUUUUUUUGUGAAAAGGUCCGUAUACAAAAAAGUUACACCGAUUAAAAACAAAAAAUUACUCUUUUUCCGAAAAUUUUUGGUAAAAAAUGCACUAAAGGUUCAUUUUUUCUGAUCGUGCUGUACUAUAUAGCACGUGUUAUAUUAAAAAUUACAGGAAAAGACGUAUUUUCCAAUAAAAACGCAAAAAGAACUUCUAUAACGCAAUGAAACGCAACAAAUUCCCAUUUGCGUCUGACCGGAUUCGAACCAAGGACCUUUAUUGCACAAUUUCGGGCCGUUAAGACCACUAGACUAUGAAAGAAAAACAAAUUCAAAAUUUGGCGUAUUUUACAUCUUUUUAUAUUCAAUUUUUAUUUAGAUUCUGAACCUGGAAAUAGAUUUUCUCAAAAUUUUUGUUUUGUGAAGUUAUGAUUAAAUUAAAAGUGUCCCGCUACUUUUGGUUCAACCUAUAAAAUCAAUAAAAAAUGACAUUUUUCAGCUCCUCGACCUCCGUCUCUUCUUCAACUCCAUCGGACACGUCAUCUGCUUUGGUGUGAUCCUAACAAAAGCCGUGUGCCUCAGGAACGCCGAAGACUUGUGUGGCAAAAACCGUAGCCAAGUAGGCAUCUGGAACUACUGGAUCACCCUGUUCUUCAUCAUUGGCGUUCAGCUAGCCGUCUAUGUUCGCAACAUUGAAAUCCCGAGCCAUGAUGACAUAUACAACUCUGUAUAUAUACUGUUCUUGGCCAUGUUCGCCUUGGUUAUUAACAUUCAGAAUCGGAAGAUACGACGAAACUACAAGGAAUCCAAGUGGCUGUUCGUCGCGAAUCUGAUGGCAUUGACGUUGUUUGUGUCCUGGAUUGUGCUACGACAUGUUGUACCAAUGAGUUUGCAUAGAGAACUUGAUAUCAUUGAGUUGAACUUGAUGGCAUUGACGUUGUUGGGGUUCAUGUUUGGCACCAAGGUGUAUAUCUUACUGUUCUAUGAACCUUUUGUCGUGGAACGGUGUGUUACUCCAAUGAAGCCGGAGAUGUAUGAUGUGGAUCUGUUUGAAAAAGGUAGGGUGGGGUGGGGUAUUGUGAUAAGCAUGGUACUUUUGAGUAGGGAUAAAGGCAGGGUUGUCUAUUGUAGGGUAGGAUAUGGUUUGGCAGAGUACAUAAGGUAGGGUAUAAUGAUGUAUAGUAUGGUAGGGCAAGACCAGGGCAGAAGUACCAUUAGGUCUUUAGUAAGGCUAUGUAAGGAGUGGGGAAAAGAUACGGUAGGGAAAAUUAUGGGUAGGAUAAGCAUACAUUAGAUACACAUCAAAGCUUGGCCAUAAGAUAUUGUAAGGCAAAGUUAGCGUAAGGCACUACUUUGUAGUAUGGUAGGUCUUAGGGUACUAUAGGGCUUAAUAUAUGGUACCGCUUAGAAUAUGGUAAAGCUUACGACAUAGUAAGGCCUAGGAUAAGAUUAGGAUUUUCGGUACAGUAGGAAUUGAAGUAGAGUAGGGUCGGAUAGGGAACUGCAGGACAAGGUAUGGUAAGGGUGGGUAUCGUGCAGUACAGUACGAUUGGGUAGGGUAUGGCAGGGUAGGGUAAUAUAGAAUAGAGUAGUGUAGGGUAGGGUAUGGUGAAGUAGCGUAGGAUAUGGUGGGGUAGGGUAGGGUAGGGUAGGGUAGGGCAAGGUAGAGUAUAUUAACCUUUGUGUUUUCAGACCUAUCACUAGCAGCGUCACUUCACUCAAUACCCAAUCACCUUCCUAUUCAAGCAGACACUGUUAAUGGUCAAGCAUCUCAAGAUGAUGAGGUAAGACAACAUAAAAAUUUUAAAAAUUUACAAUUUAUGAUUGCUACGGUUUUAAAUGACUAUAUGUUACAGUUCCCAGUCCUGAAGACGGUAAUGCGGCGAAAAGAGUUUGGCAAUGGUCGGUCGAGUCGAUGCUCAAACGACCGCUUCUCCAAUGCUAGUACGAGCAGCAAUUAG